AUGAACGGUAUUUCAGUAGACAUCAAUCAUUUGAAAAAGGGGGAAGUGAAUUUAGGUACUUCUAUUAUGGCAGUUACUUUUAAAGAUGGAGUAAUAUUAGGUGCUGAUUCACGUACUACAACUGGGUCAUAUAUUGCCAAUCGAGUCACUGAUAAAUUAACUCAAAUUCAUGAUACUAUAUAUUGUUGUCGUUCUGGAUCAGCAGCAGAUACUCAAGCAGUUGCUGAUAUGGUGAAAUAUUAUUUACAAAUUUAUUCGUCGCAAUUGCCUCCUGGUGAAACUCCAACAACUAAUAUUGCUGCUAAUGUAUUUCAAGAAAUUUGUUAUAAUAAUAAAGAUAAUUUAACUGCAGGAAUAAUUUGUGCUGGUUAUGAUAAAAAAAAUGGUGGAUCAGUUUAUUCAAUUCCAAUAGGUGGAUCAAUUCAUAAACAAAAUUAUGCCAUUGCUGGUUCAGGAUCAUCAUAUAUUUAUGGUUGGUGUGAUGAGAAUUUCAAACCAAGUAUGGAACAAGAAGAAUGUGUUGAAUUUGUAAAGACAGCUUUAUCACAGGCAAUUAAAUGGGAUGGUUCAUCUGGUGGUCUUAUUAGAAUGGUUAUUUUGACUAAUAAGGGAGUAGAAAGACGAGUUGUAUAUUUGCAUGAAUAA